AAGAACUCUCUUUCUAUUCUUUAUCUAAUCUCUUAUAUCUUAGCUUAUAUAAUCCGUAAUAAUAUAGUUCUUAUUAAUAGCUAUAUAUCUGCUAAGCUUUUCUUUAUUACUAAUCUAGAAAAUAUAAAAGUAAAGGUAAUAAAAGUAUACUAG